AUGUCCCAGGGACAGCCGCCGCCCCCGAACGGCUAUCCGGCCUUCCAGAACAUUAAUCUGGACUUCCUGUCAGAUGCCUCCCAGCACCCCGUCAUGAUGCAGCCCCAGACGGCCGCCUCUGACGACCCCGCCGCCUUUGGCAGCGACGAGGCCAUGCGCUUUGCCGACGCCCAGAUGUUUGGCGAGUUCACCUCGGACCUGGGCAUGGGCGGCUUCACCCCUGCCGAUGCCUCCAUGGGUGAUGCCUUCAACCCCGACUUUGCUCUCGACGCCAUGAUGGCCAAUGGCGAUGCUGAUUCCCUCGACCCUGACAGCGCCGGUGCCGACAACAUACCCGGAGGGGGCCCCUCCCCCGUCGGCGGCCCUCUGCAGCCCAUGCAGCUCACCAAUCCUGGCACGAGCACGCUCAACGAGUUUACAAAGCGCCGAAACUGGCCCGCCAAGAUUGUCGAGGAGCUGCGCGACUGGCUGCAGAUUCUCGACGCCAACGGCCGACUCAAAUUCGUCUCCCGCAGCGUUGCCGAGGUUGCAGGCUACACCGAGGACGACCUACGCGACGUCUUCCUCAAGGAUCUCGUCCACCCCGACGACAAGGGCGUGUUCGUCUCCGAACUCAACGAAUCGAUUGCGUCCGGCAACACUCUGCGCAUGUUUUAUCGCUUCAAGAAAAAGGACGGUGUCUACGCCAUCUUCGAGGCUGUCGGCCAUGCCCACAUCGCCGCCGCCAAGUUUGCGCCCAAUCCCAACAACCAGUCGCCUUUCUGCCAAGCUGUCUUCUUGGUUGCGCGUCCAUACCCGACACGAAACGCCGCACUUCUCGAUUCCUUCCUCGAGCACAAAAUCGAAAAUGAGCGCCUCAAGCGUCGAAUUGCCGAGCUGCAGCGGGAGGAGGAAGCUGACGCCGAUGAUACUCGCCAGCAGCUAUCGCAAACCAUGAGCCAGUCUGGCGCUACAAACUCCUACAUGAGUCCGUCCGAGUUCAAUGGCUCAACGCCACGGCACGGGCAUGGAAACGGCGAUACGCCAAUGAGCGGCAUAUCGGACACCUUCACGUUCAACAGCGCGCUGACGAGAGAAAACUUGGAAGGAUCUAACGCAGGUGGUCGCCGGGAUUCUCUGCGCGACAAGAUGGCACGCUACGAGGGAGCUUCCCAUACCGACACGAUUGAGAUGCUUACCGGCUUGCGGUACAUUGAAGGCGAGCGCAGCCGUGGUAUUACCACUGGAAAUACCAGCCCCGCGCUGAUCAAAGGCGAUGCUGGUAUUGCGAUUCCUAAAGACCGCGAUGGGCGGAUGGGCGAGAAGAAGAAGAAGAUCAAGGUGUCCGAGGAAUAUGUCUGCACUGACUGUGGCACUCUCGACUCUCCCGAAUGGCGAAAGGGACCGAACGGACCCAAGACUCUGUGCAACGCUUGUGGUCUUCGCUGGGCGAAGAAGGAGAAGAAGCGUAGUAAGCUCAACAGCGGUUCUCAUCCUACGCCAUCGACCGAAUACGGCGCUCUAAGCUGA